UCCUUCCCUUGCCGGGCGCCCGCAGUGAUGGCGGCGGCGAUGGCGGCGCGGCGCGCGCGGCCCGUGCGGGUGCUGGUGGACAUGGACGGCGUGCUGGCCGACUUCGAGGGGGGCCUUCUGCGGGGCUUCCGCCGCCGCUUCCCCGGGGAACCGCACGUGGCGCUGGAAGAGCGCCGAGGCUUCCUCGCCCGCGAACAGUACCGAGCCCUGCGGCCGGACCUGGGGGACAAAGUGGCCAGUGUGUAUGAAGCCCCAGGCUUUUUCCUAGACUUGGAGCCUAUCCCUGGAGCCUUGGAAGCCAUGCUGGAGAUGAACAACAUGCAGGACACGGAGGUCUUCAUCUGCUCCAGCCCUCUGCUGAAGUACCAACACUGUGUGGGUGAGAAGUACCGCUGGGUAGAGAAAUACCUGGGGCCCCAGUUUGUGGAGCGCAUCAUCCUGACGAGGGACAAGACGGUGGUCUUGGGGGACCUGCUCAUUGAUGACAAGGACAGCAUUCAAGGCCAAGAAGAGACCCCAAGCUGGGAGCACAUCUUAUUCACCUGCUGCCACAACCAGCACCUAGCCCUACCCCCAACAAGGAGACGGCUGCUCUCCUGGAGUGACAACUGGAGGGAGAUCAUAGAAAGCAAGCGGGGGGCCAGAACAGUGGAUAGUAGCUGAAGGAAGGAAAGGCAGGCCAGCAGGGAACUCUAGCAGAGCUGAACGACAGGGCAGUGUCGUGGUGGUGGCCCCCAGCACUGCAGAACAGGGAGACACAGUAACCUCCAUUCUCGCAAGCCAGCCACCUGGAACCCAACAAGACGGCUGGCAAGGAAACAUGGUGGGAAAAUCACUCAGGAACCUUUUUAAUAAAACACUUUGGCUCAGCA